AGCCUGCAACCGUCGUCUCUCUGCCACCAUGACGCUCUUUCAGUCGCCCAUCCCUUACGUGGAGCCCCGCGAUGACCUUACCAUCCCUCAGUUCGUAUUCAGCGAGACGUUUGAGCACCCGACUAAGUCGGCGGAUGUCGGCAAGUUUCCGUGCAUGAUCGAGGAGGAGACGGGCCGGAAGGUGUAUCUCUCGGAACUUCAAUAUCGAACAGACGCGUUGGCGAGGGCCUUCAGCGCUCUUUGGAACAUUGGUGAUGGGGACAUUGUUUCCCUUUAUAUUCCAAACCAUGUCGACUACCCCACGUUGACGUGGGCAACGCAGAAAAUCGGCGGCAUUGUGGCGGCACUGAGCGCUUCGUUGACUUCUGAAGAACUCGCCUACCAACUAACUGUCGCUAAGCCUUCUUUCCUAGUCGCAUACGUCGAGAACCUGCCCGCUGCCAUCGAAGCCGCGAACGCCGUCAAGCUGCCGCACUCGCGCAUUAUCGUGCUCGACGGACACAAGGCGCCCAAGAAGCUUGCCCUCAAGACCGUCGAAGACCUCGUCAAUGACAAGACGCUUCCCCCAUAUGUCGAGUACAAGUUCACGAAGCCCGGGCAGGCCCGCGAGAAAAUUGCGUUCCUGUGCUUCUCGUCCGGGACAACCGGGAAGCCGAAGGCGGUGGCCAUCUCGCACUACAAUGUGAUAAGCGACUUGAUCCAGUUCGCAACCCUUGCUGGUCAAGGGCAAAAUCACGCGCCUCCGGAAGAGCGGCGGUUUCGUCCAGGAGAUGUGGUUUCUGGAGUUCUGCCUUUCAGUCAUAUCUAUGGGUUGGUGGUCAACUUGCACGCCAUGUUCUACGUCUCCAUGACCGUCGUCGUGUCUGCAAAGUUCAACUACGAACGAUUCCUCGAGAACAUCGAUACCUACGGCAUCACACACUUGCUUAUUGUCCCCCCACAAGCGCUUCUCCUUGUGAAGCACCCUGCUACCAAGAAGUACAAUCUCUCUACACUGCGUGUGAUCGUCGCGGCCGCCGCACCCGUGUCUGCAGAGCUCACCACGCAGCUCGUAGAGGCGUUCCCCAAGCUACACAUCGGCCAGGGCUACGGCAUGACGGAGACUACCGCAGCGGUCACGGUUUAUCCUAUCACGCAGAAGGUCGGCACGCUCGGAAGCGCGGGGCAGCUCGUUCCUGGCAUCACCGCAAAGGUCGUCAAGCCGGACGGCUCCCUCGCGGGCGUCGGGGAGCCGGGCGAGCUGCUGCUCAAAGGCCCACAGAUCGCGCUGGGUUACUACCACAACGAGCAAGCCACAAACGAAACUUUCAUCGAUGGCUGGUUGAAGACCGGUGACGAAGUGCUCUUCGCCGAGAACGGCGACAUGUUUGUCACGGACCGUAUCAAGGAACUCAUUAAGGUGAAAGGCAACCAGGUCGCCCCUUCGGAGCUAGAGGGCCAUCUGCUCGACCACCCAGACGUCGCGGACGUCGCGGUGAUCGGCAUCCCCGACGACUUCGCGGGGGAGGCGCCGCUCGCGUACGUCGUCCUCAAGCCCGCCGUCGCUGCAGAGGUCGCGAAGACGCCCGGGCUCGUGGAGGAGGUCAAGGAUCGCUUGCAAAAGCACGUCUCCGCGACGAAGUCAAAGUACAAGUGGCUCACGGGCGGCGUUAUCUUCAUCGAGGCAAUUCCGAAGAGCCCCAGCGGGAAGAUCCUCCGGCGGGUGCUGCGCGACCAGAGCAAGGCCUUGCGCGCGCAGGCGCAGAAACCGUCUGCGAAGCUCUGAACGCCUCCCCCUUUGCCUGCAAUCUUCGGGAGCAAUGUGGCACCGUUACCGCAUGAGAUGUUAGCUUGGCCGGAGGCUACUUAGGAUAUACUAUACCAUAGAGCCACAAGGUAUAUGCACGUUGGCUAAUAUAUAGUUUUG